CCCGGUACCAAACGACUCACGUACCGGUCCGAGGCCCGGGGGUUGGGGACCGCUGGCCUAGCAUACUCAGCCAGAUGGUGGACGCGUAUAUGCCCAUGUAAGUUAGUCGUGUUUGAGUACUUUUCUCGCACUAUACAUCUGCACAAGCGGCACACCGCUUUGAUUACAUCCUUAGGUUUACCUCUUUCAUCUGGUUUAAAGCCAAAGAAAUCCCAACUUGGCAACUUUACAUGUUUUUAGUGCUGUCAGCGUUAACGCGACAUCAUCACGACAAUGCGAUUACCAAUUAACGCAUCUGGAGCGUAGACUGAGUCAAAAUCCCUGAAACAUCUCUGUCAAUGCAUUUCGGGCAGUUUAUCCAAAGUUCCAGAUGGGUUGAGCGCUUUAAAAAUUUUAAUCGUGAUGACCGCGUUUAAGCCCCGUUAACGCUGACAGGGGUUUUUUGGGGGGGGAUUUGUUCGGCCGUGUUUGAACUUCUUCUGUGUGGUAAACGUGCAAAUCAGUCCGUGCAUGAUUACAUUGUUCCGCCCAUCAAAAAGUCUGUCUCGACUGUCGGACUGAUGAUGGCCAGCUGGAAAAUUUUUACAUAUCGCCCAACCCUAGUGUGUUAUGUGUAGACACAACAAUGGUCUGGACUGGACUGCAAAUGAGUAAAAAAAGCAAACAAAUGUCCAAAGAAAAAAUCGGAAAGACCUUUAGAAAGCCCUUAUUUUCAGUGUGGUUGAACCAUAUCUACUGUAAAUACUGUGUAUCUCAUAGAAAUGUGAUGGCUGUGUGUAGCAGUGAGAUAACUGAAUUCUCCUGAGUUCACAGCAUUGUUGGCAUCACUCGCUUUUAGUUCAGCGUCUCUUAAUAGGGUUAAAGUGCAGUUAAAGUCCACGGUUAAGGCUAUAAAAGUGUUAACUGGUAGUAAUUCAUUCGUUCGUUUAGUCGACUUUUAUCCCCCCCUUUUUAAAAGCACCCCGUCUGAGGUAGAAAAGAGCUUUUUAAAUUUCAAAUUUCUUUCACGGCUUUUGUUUUGCCUGUAGGUCAGCGGUGCUUAUCAGAGCACGAGCUGUUCGGCAAUUGAUAUUCAAGAGGACUGCGUUCACAGAAUGAAUGGAGAGUAAAUGUAACUCACAGCCUGACCCUGUUUCACAGCACUGUGUACCACACAACCUUUCUUCCUGUCAGCUAUCAGGGUCCCGCAGCAUUCAGGAGGUGAAAGAUCUUGUAAACACACGUGAUCUCAUUUUUACGCAGUAAUCUGCCUUCGUCAAGCAGCUACAGCUCACAAACCUUUAAAAACAGCUCAGCAAGUCAUUAAAGACUUCCCAGGCAGAUUAGCCAGUCAUUCACUUCCUUCAACAGCCUUCGGGGCGCUCUGUUGGAGUCCAAAGGAGGGACUGUGGGCAGUUUUCAGUCUGAGUCGUAGCACCGAUUGUGGAUUUUAAGCUUUGGGAGUUUGAGGGGGGGCUGAGGAGAGAUGCACUGGGAGUUCUGGACUAAGAAGCUGGAUGAGGAGGAUUUGAUUGAGAAUGGAGUUUACGAGGAGAGUAACGGCACCAGCAGAACAGCCGGUAUGAACGGUAACGGCCCCAGCAGGCUUGUUGACCCCCUGGAGGAUCCGCUGCCUGGAGUGGGCACCUAUGAAGACUUCAACACCAUCGACUGGGUCAGAGAGAAGAGCAAAGACCGGGACAGGCACAGGGAGAUCACCAAUAAGAGCAGACAGUCCACUGUGGCCCUGCUGCACAGCAUCAGUGAUGCCUUCUCAGGGUGGCUGCUCAUGCUGCUGGUGGGACUCAUGUCAGGUGCUCUAGCCGGCGGAAUCGACAUCUCAGCCCACUGGAUGACGGACGUGAAGGGAGGGUUGUGUCUCCGAGGCUUCUGGUUCAACCACGAGCACUGCUGCUGGUUGUCUAACGAGACCACGUUCCAGGAGAGGGACCGGUGUCCACAGUGGCAGAGCUGGGCUGAGCUCAUAACAGGAAAGUCAGAGGGUCCCUUUGCCUACAUCAUGAACUACCUGAUGUACAUAUUUUGGGCUCUGAUGUUCUCCUUCUUGGCUGUCAUACUGGUCAGAGCCUUUGCUCCGUACGCAUGCGGAUCAGGAAUACCAGAGAUUAAAACCAUCCUCAGUGGCUUCAUCAUCCGGGGCUACCUGGGGAAGUGGACCCUGAUCAUCAAGACCAUCACCCUGGUCUUAGCCGUCUCCUCCGGGCUCAGUUUAGGGAAGGAAGGCCCUCUGGUCCACGUCGCCUGCUGCUGUGCUAAUAUACUCUGUCACCUGUUCACCAAGUACCGCAAGAAUGAGGCCAAGAGGCGAGAGGUGUUAUCAGCGGCAGCAGCAGUGGGCGUGUCAGUGGCUUUUGGAGCUCCUAUUGGAGGAGUCCUGUUCAGUCUGGAGGAGGUGAGCUACUACUUCCCCCUGAAGACUCUGUGGCGUUCGUUCUUCGCCGCUCUGGUGGCGGCCUUCACCCUGCGCUCCAUCAACCCGUUUGGGAACAGCCGCCUGGUGCUCUUCUAUGUGGAGUUUCACACGCCGUGGCACCUGGUGGAGCUGGCCCCUUUCAUCCUGCUGGGGAUCUUUGGAGGCCUUUGGGGGGCGCUGUUCAUCAAGGCUAACAUUGCCUGGUGCAGGCUUCGUAAAACCACUUGUCUGGGUCACUACCCCGUCAUCGAGGUGCUGGUGGUCGCCGCGCUGACCGCCUUGCUCGCCUACCCCAACAGUUACACCAGGAUGAGCGGAUCCGAGCUCAUCUCGGAGCUCUUCAACGACUGCUCCCUGCUCGACUCGUCUCAGCUGUGCGGCUACAAACAGCCAGCCAACACGUCAGACACAGGUGUAGAUAACAGCCUCGCUGACCGGCCAGCGGGACCAGGCCUUUACACGGCGCUGUGGCAGCUGGCCCUGGCCUUGGUCUUCAAGAUGAUGAUCACUGUUAUUACAUUUGGCAUGAAGGUUCCCUCUGGUCUCUUCAUUCCCAGCAUGGCAGUUGGAGCCAUAGCUGGCAGGCUGCUCGGCGUUGGCAUGGAACAGCUGGCCUACUACAACCACGACUCGGUUAUCUUUAAAGGGUGGUGCUCUCAGGGGGCAGACUGCAUCACGCCGGGGCUUUACGCCAUGGUUGGAGCUGCCGCUUGUUUAGGUGGAGUGACUCGAAUGACAGUAUCUCUGGUAGUCAUCAUGUUUGAGCUGACUGGCGGUCUGGAGUACAUUGUUCCCCUCAUGGCUGCAACCAUGACCAGCAAAUGGGUGGCAGAUGCUUUCGGAAGAGAGGGAAUUUACGAGGCUCACAUCAGGCUGAAUGGAUACCCGUUCCUGGAGCCAAAAGAAGAGUUUGAACACAGCAGCCUGGCGGUGGACGUGAUGAGGCCGAGGAGGAUGGACCCCGCGCUGGCUGUGCUCACGCAGGAGGGCAUGACUGUGGGGGAGGUGGAGUCAUUGGUGGAGAGCACGCACUUUAGUGGCUUCCCUGUGGUUGUCUCUUCGGAGUCCCAAAGGCUUGUGGGAUUUGUACUCAGGAGAGAUCUGCUCAUAUCAAUAGACAAUGCCCGCAAACGUCAGGAUGGCAUCGUCAGUGCCUCCCAAGUGGUCUUCACUGAGCACACACCGUUGCUUCCUCCCGACGCACCGCCUCCCCUCCGGCUGAGGUGCAUCAUGGACCUGAGCCCCUUUACAGUUACUGAUCACACCCCUAUGGACAUCACUGUGGAUAUUUUCAGAAAACUGGGGCUACGCCAGUGUCUGGUCACACAUAAUGGGAGGCUGCUGGGAAUCAUCACCAAAAAGGACAUACUUAAACACAUGGCGCAGAUGGCCAACAGGGACCCGGACUCCAUCCUCUUCAACUGAUCUUCUCCGUCCUUCCUCUUCAUCCUCGCCCACCAAAUCGCCCCUCUGUAGAGUGGGGUGAAGGGGGGGGUGGUACACCAGCUUGUAGACUUACAUGAAAUGCACCUUUACCUCUUUGGCGAGAGAGAGCCAAGGAAGCUUGAGCUUCAUUUGCACAGCUGACCAGAGAACAAUGGAAUUUAUUUUCUGUGUAACUUGAAGGCAACUUUGGCUCUUCGAAUGACGACACACACCACUGAAAAAAUUUCAAGAAAACAACAAGCUGUCAGAAACGGUGACUCGUCCUUUUACUGACAGUGCUGGACCCGAUAUCAUGAGGGAAGUAGGACAGAAGUAAGUCGAUGGAAUAUUUCACAUCUGCACCUUCCAACAUUUUCUGUUCUCAUUUCCUUCCUCAUUUUCAAACCAGUGAGGAAACCUUCAGAGAACCCCAAAGGCCACUUCUCUCUCCUCUGUUUGCCAUCUCGAUUCUCACACCUGGGAGGAAGGGGGGGGAGGCAGGAACAGCUAAUCCUCUGUUAUAGGUGCUGACAAGAGGAGACAGGGUGGAGGAGGAGAAAAUGAAGACAUUGGGGAAGAUGAAGAGCUGUUUUGGGAGCUCCGUGCCUGCCUCCGGGCCAUCACAGCGAGCCCAGACAGAGCACUUUGAGCUGGGCUGAUGGAUGUGCAGACACCUCCCUCCCUCUGUGAGGUUUCCUGUAGCCGUGAGGGUGAAGGAUCCAGGAGUGUGAGAACAGGAUUGACCACACACACACACACACACACACACACACACACACACACACACACACACACACACACACACAAGCAAGCGUACACUCCACAAAGACUUUCACGUCUUUUUCUUUUCUUUUUCGUCGUAUGUUUGAGUUUUGUGAUACAGCUCCAGCCUGGGAACUAUGCAGCGCUGUCCUGCCAUGCAGACAGUUUUGUUAUGUUAACAGCGUAUAUAGUCAUCGGAAACCAUGUCAUUCCUUAUAGAAGGUGAGGAGCAUUUCCAGGCUGUUGUGGAAGGGUUAAAAGAAAAUCAUGAUGUGAAUUAAUUUAUGUAAAUGUAAAAUUGUUCACUCUACUAAAUUAUUCCCCUGAUUAAAGUUGUGUUUUGUCUUCUUUGUUUUA